UUAGGAAGUUCAGUGAUGAAAAGGUGGACACAAUUGAGAGACACUUGGAGGAAAUCAUUAGAUGAAAACAAAGAAACAAAAAAAUCUGGGUCUGGUACAAAAUCUAAGCCCUACAAAUAUAAUCAAGAGAUGAGCUUUUUGAAGCCAAUUAUUAAGCCAGGUGAAACAUAUGACAAUAAUCCAAAUACAAGAGAUGAAGCCCAAAGAGAAAAUGCAGAUCAACAAGAAAAUCAGAAAGAGAAACACUUAGAAUCAUCAUCAAAAAAGAAAAGAAUGGAUAGUGGCAGCGUAUUGGAUGAUAAAAUGAUGAAACUUGUUGAUCAUCAAUUAAACACAAUUGGAAGUGAUGACCGUAACAUGAAUUUUUUUAAGGGGGUUCUGCCAUCCCUUCAGCAUUUUGAUGAUGAUCAAAUACUGGAAUUCCAAUCUGGGGUCAUUAACCUAAUACAGAGUAUUAAAACUGGACGAAACUAUUCGAAUUGGCAUCAAAAUUAUUACAAUUCACAUCAUCACAACUAUAAUAGUGGUGGUUAUUAUACUAAGCCUCAAGAAUCACCGGGAGGAACGUCUAAUAAUAAUAAUACUCGGCCUCUUCCUGAAAGUUCAUCGAUAGUAAAUGCAGAAGUGUCUGCAGAAACGCCCACCCCUCUACAACCUGGAACAUCGCUGAUCCAUCGCGAUGAUCCAAGUGCAUCACCGGCACUAUCUACAGCUCUAAGUCAAUUAAGUGAUUAUCUGGAUCUAUCAAAUUUCUAAAAACAUGUUCUAAAUUAUCAUAAAUAUAACCAAUAAAUAAGAAUAAUAAAUAAUAUAAUUAGUUUUUCUUGCCUUAUAGUUAUCGCCAACUUUUCUUCAGGGCUAAUGGCCUUUCUCAUACAUGUAUCCUGUUUUCUCAAAUCCGUAUCCAACCUUUGGAGAAGGAAGUCAAAGGUAUCUUUAGACAUUCUAAAAUAAGUGUAAAAUUUGGUAUCAUCUUCUCGUAACGAGCUCAUCAAAGUAUAAAAAUCCCCAACACUUUGUCUUUGCCUUAAAAUUGGAUGCACCCAGUGUAUUCUUCUUGUUUUUCUUUUUUUAGAUCGACGAUAAUACCAGUACAAAAUUAAAGUAUUCACGUCCAUUGUCUUUGGUAGUUUACUCUCAACUGAACACAAUCACGAAACAACAUGUGAACAUCAAUUCGGAUAUUUUGACGAAUCGUGAAAAAACACGAUUCCGUAUUCAAUGUGAACAUCUAUCCGUCAAGGCGAAUCGUGUUUUAUACCGAAUCGUCAAAGACGUAUCCCGUGUGAAUG